UCCCACUCCAAAAUCAAUCAUCACCACCACCACCACCACCACCAUGGGCUCCUCUGCCACCACCACCACCAACAUCACCAUCUCCGAGCAGGCGGACGAGGAAGCAUGCCUCCAUGCGAUGCAACUUGUCAGCUCAUCUAUACUCCCCAUGACUUUCAAAGCCGCCAUCGAACUCAACCUCUUCAACAUCAUCUCCGCCGCCUCCCCCAACUCCCUCUCCGCCAUCGAAAUCACUUCCCUCCUCCCUUCCUCCACUCCUUCAACCCCAAUCAUGCUUGACCGCAUCCUCCGUCUCCUCUCCAGCUACUCCAUCCUCACCUGCUCCCUCUCCACUGACCCCAUCUCCGGCGCCGUUACCCACCGUUACGCCGCCGCCCCCGUCGUCAAAUACCUCGCCCAAAACGAAGAUGGCUUCACUCUAUCCGCUCUUGGCCUGAUGAACCAAGACAAGGUCUUAAUGGAAAGCUGGUACUAUCUUAAGGACACUGUCCUUAAUGGAGGGAUACCCUUCAACAUGGCUCAUGGUAUGACUUCGUUUGAGUACCAUGGUACUGAUCCAAGGUUCAAUAAGGUCUUUAAUGAAGGCAUGAAGAAUCAUUCAGCUAUCAUAAUGAAGAGAAUUCUUGAAAAGUAUAGAGGGUUUGAUGAUGUGAAGGUGCUUGUUGAUGUUGGUGGUGGUGUUGGUGGUACUCUUGCUCAAGUUGUUGCUAAACAUAAGCAUAUUAAGGGUAUUAAUUUUGAUCUUCCUCAUGUUAUCUCUGAAGCUGCCCCUAUUCCAGGUGUGGAGCAUAUUGGUGGGGAUAUGUUUGAGAGUGUUCCAAGUGGGGAUGCCAUUUUCAUGAAAUGGAUUCUACAUGAUUGGAGUGAUGAGCAUGGUUUGAAAAUACUGAAAAAUUGUUGGAAAGCUUUGCCUGAAAAUGGAAAAGUGAUACUGGUAGAGUGUAUACUUCCAGUGGCACCAGAGAAUACAUUUGCAGCACAAAGUGUGUUUCAUUUGGAUAUGAUUAUGUUGGCUCAUAAUCCUGGUGGUAAAGAGAGGACUGCACAAGAAUUUGAGUCUAUGGCUAAACAAGCUGGUUUUUCUGCUAUGAAACCUUAUUUCAGUUUUGCUGGGGCUUGGGUUAUUGAACUGUUUAAAUGAGUAGUUUUUAUUACAAGUUGUUUAUCUGUCUUUGUUGUGUCUUCAUUUGCACUUGUGAUUGAUGUACUUUUUUUCUUAUAAGUGGCUGAUGGAUGUGGUUCAAUUUAAUGCAUUUGCUGAUCUUAAUAACAAAAAUGAUUGUGGUAAUA